GCAACACUACUGUAGAGUGAGUGAAAUGAGGACGGUGAAACCUAGCAGAAAAGCUUCCUCUUCUUUGGAUAAGUUUCUUAUGAUAUGGAAUUUGAAACCACAGUCCAGAGCUUUUAGAUUUGUGGGUCAUGUGGAAGCAGUGAAUAGCGUACAGUUUUCACCAGAUGGACAACUACUGGCCUCAGCUUCUCAAGACCGUACAGUUAGACUGUGGGUUCCGUGUAUUCAUGGAGAAUCUUCAGUCCUAAAAGCCCAUACUGCAGCUGUCCGUAGUGUGAACUUCUCACAUGAUGGCCACUUUCUAGUUACAGCAUCCAACGACAAGUCAAUAAAAAUGUGGAGUGUUCACCGUCAGCGGCUUUUGUUUUCUUUGUCCCAGCAUACGCACUGGGUUCGCUGUGCCAAAUUUUCACCAGAUGGAAGAUUAAUAGCAUCUUGCAGUGAAGAUAAAACUGUUAGAAUCUGGGAUACAACAAAUAAAGUGUGUGUCGAUAGUUUCACAGACUAUGAAGGAUUUGCCAAUUUUGUGGAUUUCAAUCCAAGUGGUACGUGUGUAGUUUCUGCGGGUGCUAAUCAUACAGUGAAACUCUGGGAUAUUCGAAUGAACAAGUUACUGCAGCAUUACAAAGUUCACAGAGCAGAAGUGAAUUGUGUAUCAUUUCAUCCUUCUGGUAACUAUAUCAUCACUGCUGCUUCUGAUGGCACCCUUAAGAUUAUGGACCUUUUGGAGGGAAGACUCAUAUAUACACUCCAUGGACACAAGGGACCUGUCCUUUCCGUGGCCUUUUCAAAAGGUGGAGAAAAAUUUGCAUCAGGCGGAGCUGAUUCUCAGGUCUUGCUGUGGAACACAAAUUUUGAUGCAUUCAAUCGCAAGGAAGUUCUUAAACACCACCUUAGAAGAACACAUACUGAUGAUCCACCCCACCUUCUUGAUAUUUAUCCAAGAUCACCUCAUCCCCACAAUGUGAAAUCUCAGUCAAUUGAGAUCAGUCCUAACUUUGAUGUGACUGAUUUACAAACGCUUGAUCCACCUGUCAUAGAUAUCGGUUCUUCCUCAUCUUUCAGUUCUCCGACAAGGACAGCUGGAUCUUCAAAUAGCAUUUCCAUGUUCAAGGAUGAUGUGAACAGUGAAGAUUCCCAGUAUCCUCCAGCCUCAUACUUUCCAACUAGCUCAAGAAGGAAGCUGGAGGAUGAGAAUGAAUCAGCUGUGUGUAGUACAGACAAGCAAACUGGCAUCUCCCCAGCUGUGGGUAAUGCUUUGGAGCAUAUAGUGGAGCAACUGGAUGUUUUGACUCUGACUAUUUCAAUCCUGGAACAGCGACUAACUUUGACUGAAGAUAAAUUGAAAGAGUGCCUAGAAAAUCAACAAAAAAUAUUACUACAAAGUAGGCAAGGAGAAUAAAAAGUAAAUGUGGUUGUUAUGUACUGAUGAAUAUAUUUCACAUAUUCUCAGGGAAUAAUAAAUGUUGUCUCAUUUAAUCUCACAAACUGUGCAAAGCAGAUUAGCCUCUCAUUUUAACCUAAAACUAUGAGAAGAAAAAUGAAAUUAGCCUAUACAAUAUAUGUUAAAGAUCACAAGUCAACAUUUUUGUUAAUACAUUUAAUUUAAUGUAGUUUAAGGAUCAUUACCCUUUUUUGGGUGAUUUUCACUGACAGUCACUAGGCUAGGAUUUCACCCUUUGUUAUUUUACAGCCCUUCAUCCUCGUGCUCUGCUAAUUUGCAGCCUAUACUUAAACAUUGUUCUCCGUUAAAAUGACAUAAAUUAAACAGCUCUUUAAGUCAGCUCAGGAUUAGAGCCUAAAGCUGUAGAUGGAUUUAACAAUUAUAUUGAUAUCAAAAGGUAUUGAUACAAGUGUUUAUGAUCAAGGUGUUACAUCUGCACAAUCCUGUAGUGAUGCAAGUGAAGCAAAACUGCUCCAGCUUUAACCUUUCCUAAUUCAGGUUCAAACUUAGGGUGCUAUAGCUCUCUUAUAUGGCAACAGCCUCAUACAGACAUAAGUUAGAUGGUAACAGCUGUUGUGCACUCCUGAGUAAUGGCUCCACAUCCCUUUUUAAAGCAGCUAAAAGGUAUGUGUAACCAUACCCUAAGCCAGUAAGGGUUUGCAUUUUUAGGGGUGGAUAUACAUAUUUGUAGUUCUUGGUGCAAUUGUAGCAACAAUUGUAAUUGUUAUGGUCUCUAACAUUUUUACAGUAGUAGAAAGGAGAUUUACAGCUGUAAAUAUGGAUUACCCAAUCAUUCUCUGAUAGGAACUCUCUAGUUUUGUUUUUUUGUAUCUUCAUGUUUUCAUUAAACAACAAUUACAGAACACCAGAGGUAUAAACAAGCAGUUACUGUGCCCUGGGCAACAGCAGUGGUGGUUGGGCUGAUAGCCACCACUGACAUUCAAGUGCUCCUUAAAAAUCAGCGCUGAGGGCUGGUUCCCCAGUCAGCCACCCCUAGUUAUGUUACUGCAGAACAUCUCUUCCAAGGGUUACAAUCCAAACUAAGCAACACUUACUUUCUGCACCUUCCUAAUUAGAGUGUGAGUUCUUAUUUUGCAUUUUGAAAAGUAAGACAAAGUGGAGAUCCUAUAAAUAAUGCAAAGUAAGACCCCAGCCCUGCAAUUAAAGCUAUGCAGAUGAAGCUCUUUUUCUCAUAUUGAGGCCCCGUUGAAGUUAGUGCAGCUUUGCUUGGAUAUGAGUCAACUCAUGCAGAUCUGAUUUCAGAAUUGGGUCCAUAGUGAUAACGAGCUAGUAAACUCUUGUCAUGAUCACACACUGCUGACUAAACAAAAUUAAUUGGUAUUUUUUUUAUAUUUGUUGACUAAACUAAUCAGAUAUUUACUGUUUGAUUUUUGUACUGUAUCUGUGGGUGGAGGAAGGAAUAUAGCAGAGAACUGGCUUUUCACUUUGGUUUUCAGCAUGCCCACAUAUUUCUAUGCAAUAGUAUAGCAGAAUUUCUUGCAUAAUGUCGUCAUUGCUGCAGUCGUAUCUAUAAGAUAUGACCUUUGAUUAUACAAUUAUUUAAACUUUGUGGGGCUUAUAAUAUGUGGCUGUGUAAAUGCUAUCGGAUGUACUUAGCUUUUUAUAUUUUGUAAUAAUCUUGCAAUCUUAUGUAAUACUGAGUUUUUAUUACUUGAUUGGGGCCAAUAAAAAGUGUAACCAUUUAAAUCUCAUGUCAAUUUCUCUUUUCUCCAAGUGAACAAUCCUGUUUACACAAGAAGGAUUUAGAGAAUUUGUGUUUUGGCUCUUCCCAGAUUUGACUCAAGAAUCAACAAGUAUUUUUUUACUGCUGUAUUUUUUUCAAUAUAAAAAGCAGUUGAAAUAUUUGAUAGAGAAUGCUGUAAAUAAAAAAUGCAUACAUUAUUACACAUGGACUAACAUUUCUGU